AAUAAAUUAUCAUCUGUUACUUUCAGCUACAUAUAAACUGAACAGUUAAAACUACUUAUUCAAAAUGGGAAAUGCAGGAUACACAUGCAUUCGAAGGACGUUCUGUUGGCUCAAUAUAAUUUUAUGGCUUUGCAGCUGUGCUUUCUUGGGUGUCGGCGUGUGGCUGCGUCUGUCGUACGAGGGCUACGCCACGCUGCUGCCCGAUCACCAGGUCUUGAGCGCAGACUCGAUUUUCUUAGCGAUCGGUGUGAUCGGAUUUGUUGUAUCAUUCUUCGGCUGUUGCGGCGCUUGGGUGCAAUCGCGUUGUCUCUUGGUGUUGUACUUCCUGCUGAUUGUCAUGCUUUUCUUGAGUGAAUUCCUAAUCGGUGCGAUUGCUUUCCUGUUCCGCGGCGGUUUGGGACGCACCUUUGCCAACGAAUUGCGUUUCGGUAUCGAACGUCAUUAUAAUGCAUCUGAUCGUGGCAGUUUGAUUGCGCCAUCUGUCGCCGCGAUCUGGGAUAGUGUGCAACAAUCUUUCGAAUGUUGCGGAGUAUCCUCUUAUGAAGAUUGGUAUGAUAUUCAGUCGUGGAGCGGCAAACGUUGGGUGCCUGAAUCGUGCUGUCGGCCAUCGGAGGCGCGUAGCUUAUUGACGGAGGGAUCUGGAGAUAGUUUUCUGCGAGUUGAUUGUGGGAAGAUCCGCGCUGUUGGUUUGGGCAUUGCAAGCCUGGUUCGUAAUCAACUCUUCGGCUUAAUUACAUCGAUGCUGCUGUUCUGCACCGUUAAACAUAAACGUGAAACUGAAACAUACAAAUCCUAUUCGCCAUCGAUUGAUCCGCAGACCCGAACGAGUAGCUGGGAGGACUGAAGCCGACUUUAGCAGCGUGCUAAGAGCAACGAUAGUAUUCUUAUCAUAUCUUAUUGAUUAAAGACAUUUAAUUAAGAUAUUUAUAUAACACGAAUUUGAUGCAAUGAAAAACGAAUAGCAUAAGUAACUAAAAUACUUGAUAAAUGUAUUUAGUAGUAAACAAAAAAAAAAACAACAAGAUAUGUUUAGUCAUACAAUUUUUGCUAACUUGUAUGCAAAGUGUGCCAAAAAUAUUUGUUAAGUGUCUUACCCUGUUUGGCGUAGGCAAUUGUAGGCUAUUUAUUAUAGGAUACUCUUUAAUGUGCGAGAGCAAUACUCAAUCUUUCUGGAAAAAUAAGUGAACGGGCGACGAAAUUUAUUUAAAUCAACUGCAUAAACUGCCAGUUAAGAUACGUAAUAGAUAUUUGCAACAAAAUACGAGUAUUAUUAAUAAUCUAUGUUUAAACUCUUUAUAGCGUUGAUCUAGUGGGUUUCAAAAGUAAAUUGAAUUACUAGAUUUAUAAGUGUAGAAUUGGACUUUAAAGUAUGUUUUAAUAUUAAGUAAUAUGCAAAGCACCAAUUUGAUAUAAGUUGUCUUCGAUUUGUUCUUGGAAAGUGGCGAAUCGAACAAACAACUGUUAUAAUCAAAUAUAAAUAGAAUAUAAAUAAGUUAUAUCAGUUAAAUUAGAUAUCCGUAUUCCUUCUUUGUUGUGCUUUCCCUUUAAAUUUUUGAGAGGAGCGUAGAUCACAAUAGUAAUGAUCGUAGGCAAGCCGAUUAGAGUUUGUUUUUAAAUUUUAUUUUCAAAAAUACUAUAUAAUAUCCAGAACCUUUUGAACAAAUACAAAAAAGAUAUAUAAUUUAUUUAAGACUAUUCAGCAUACAUUUACACACAGCUCGAAGAAAAAAUUACUUGCAUUUGUUAUAAAAAGUGAA